AUGUCCACGUACGUCGUCCAGGGCUUGACGCACUUCAUCUCGCACCCCGCGCUCUGGCGAACGGCGUUCUGCCCCUUUCUCUCGACGCUCGUCGUGGCAAUCGCUUCCAUUGCCGUGCUCUUUGGCCUCGCGCUCUCUCCUCAGGCCCAUAGCCUCCGAGACGCAGGCGUUCCACUGUGGCUCGCGUGGCUCGUGGCCGUGAUGCUCGUGCUGGUCGAGAUCCUCAUCGUCACGUUCGUCUACAAACUCUUCGUCAUGGGCCACUAUCAGGACAAGAUCUUCGAGCAGGUCCUCAUCGCGCGAGGCCACAGGGACCUCGUCACGACCACGUCGCAACACGCGGGCUGGGCGUGGUCCUGUCGCUCGUGCUGUCGCGUGAGCGUCUUGCGACGCCUGACGCUGCUGGUUGCCACGCUGCCCCUGAACCUCGUGCCGCUUGCGGGACCAGUCAUCUAUGCGUGGCAGAACGGCACGAUCUUGGCCUGGGAGUACCAUCUCCUCUACUUUGAGUUCAAGCACUUGUCGUACGAACAGCAGCGAGCAUUUGUCGAGCAGCACAAGAUCCAGUACUCGUCGUUCGGGAUGCAGGCGCUGUUGCUCGAGAUGGCUCCAGUCAUUGGCUCGAUCUUUGUCUUUACGAACGCAGUCGGCGCAGCGCUGUUUGCUGCGCACUUGGAAGACGAAGAGGCCUACGAACGCGUACAAGACGACGGCGUGCAGCCGAGUUGGGACAAGAGCAACUGCGGAGACGCGAGUGCGUACAACUACAUGAGUGGCCCUCCUGGCGGCAUUGUCUGA